AUGCACGUCGCCACCGCGCUGGCCGCCGGGCUUGCGACCCUAAACACGGCGACAGCCUUCCUUAUCCCACCCAAGGCAGUACUACCGAAUCUACAGGCAGGUGAAGAGGAGGUCAAGACUGAGAUUGCACAUUUAUUUGGCCUGGAGUCGACAUGGAAGGUAGAGCUGGACUGUCCCAAUUGUCCUUGGGGUGGAUUUACGGAAGUGGAAGGAAAGAGAGUGCAGUGGAGCACUCAAUAUGAGACUACUUUGCAAAUCAACGUCGAUGCCGACACGGACAACGGCCUCCUCAUUAACAACGUGGCUACCCGCACAACAGCCUUUGGGGGGCCUCAACCCGUUUCGUUAUAUGCCACGCAAAAGAGACUAGACAAUGGCGACACUACACCACCUAUCCCCAUCGACUUUGUCAUGGAGCGACUCGAGCCCGUCCACGCCCCAGAAGACCCUUUAAAGAUGAUCGUGCCCGUCAAGUUCACGAUCGUCGGAUUUGGAGGCCAUCCUGUCAAGGUUGACACUCUGUCUAUCGACGUCCUGCAAUCUGCCAACACGAUGAAGGUCAUGCGCAUCGACAAGGUGCCGUUUAUACAGACUCCCGGAGCCGCGUCAUGCGAGGGUGAAAGCGCCUGGUCGUACUGUCGCGUCAGAGCCAUCAUCGCAUACCGUGUCAACGAAACGAUGAGGAUCAUGCGUGAGAAAGCGCAAAAGGCCAAGGGCUGGGUCAAAAGCUGUGGCAACAGGGGCGGCUACUUCCGCCGUCCGGGCCAUGGUCCAGGCCAUGGGCGUCAUGGUCACCACCAUCACCGUGCCCACCGGUGGGCGAAGAUGCUGCACUCUACACUGCGCUUCUUCGUCAUUCCGGCGCUGCUGGGCGUUAUCGGUGGCUUGCUGGCUAGUGCAGUCGGCAUGCUCGUGGGUCAAUUUAUCGUGUUCCUUUGGCUACGUUUUGGCAGACAGGGCCAGAGAGGUCCGUUGGGCCGAGAGGUUGUAGAAAUUACCAUCACAGAAGAUGAGAAGGACGGGCUGUUAGAGUAUGAGGAGGACCUCCCUGCCCCGCCACCGCGCUAUGAGGAUGUGGAGGCUCAAGAGGUGGAGCCGGAGAAGGAAUGA